AUGUACAUUAACAGACAAAAGAGACGAGAUAGAAUAGGACAAAAUGUAACAAUAGACCCCUAUAACUUUAAACGAGUGGAGAGUUUUAAAUAUCUCGGAGCGACUAUCACCACAGAUAACGAUAUCACGGAAGAGAUAAAAGGGAGAAUUCAGGCAGCAAACAGAUGUAUGUAUAGCCUCCACAACACUAUUAAAUCCAAGAGCCUAACACGAACAUCAAAAAUCAGGGUAUAUAAAACAGUAAUUAGACCGGUGCUCAUGUAUGGGUGUGAGACGUGGACGCUGACAAAAGCAAUGGAAAGUAAACUCAGAUGCUUUGAGAAAAAAUCCUCAGAAUGAUCUUCGGUCCCUAUCACGAUCCGAAUACUAACCAAUACCAAAUGAGAACAAAUGCCAAGGUCAAACAAAUGUAUAGUGCUAGCGACGUAGUCCAAGAGAUUAAAUCCCAACGUCUAAGAUGAGCUGGCCAUGUUCAUAGGCUCCCUAAUAACCGCCUUACCAAGUUAAUCUGGGAAGAAGUCCCGACAGGGAGAAGGCCCUUAGGACGUCCACGAAUGCGAUGGAGAGAUAAUAUAUGGUCAGAUUUGAGAACAAUGGGGCUACCCACUGACUUAAGCAUCAUGGACGAGCCCGGGUUGUAGUGCUAUCAGAAGAAGAAGAGGUGUUUUGGUCUCUGGAGACUAGAGUAAAUAAUUGUUGUACAAUUCUUCAUAAAAAUAGUAGGUCCACCCCGAAAAAUUACUAAGACAAUACAUCAUAAACUACAAAUGAGGUGUGCUAUUCAAACUUUCCUAAUAAUAUUUA